AUGGCCAGACUAUCGACGGCAGCUGAGACGGAAGCGGGGGGCUCUGCCAACUGUCUGGCCAGGCCUCUCGUGGAGCCGCAAUCAUCACCACCGCGGCUUUUGGUAACUAAAUGGUUUUCUGGGGGAGGAUUUCUAACCAACGAGAUGCUGCUCCUACUCCUGCUGGCAGCCUUUUUUUCCUCCAUCUCCGGCUCCCUCUCCUCCUCCCUCUCCUCCAUGUCGGACGGACUCCCGAUGGCCAGCCCCUCCGCCUCGGACUUGAUGGCCGAAACCUGCAGCGCUUGCUCCUGCAUGUCGGUGGAGAAUGUGCUCUACGUCAAUUGCGAGAAGAUCACCGUCUACCGGCCCACGCAGCUCAUCCCUCCGGCCUCGUCUUUGUACCACCUAAACUUCCAGAACAAUUUUCUGAUCAUACUCUACCCGAACUCGUUCCUGAACUUCACUCACGCCGUGUCCCUGCAGCUGGGAAACAAUAAACUGGAGAACAUUGAAGGUGGAGCAUUCAUGGGGAUGAGUGCCCUGAAACAGCUGCACCUCAACAAUAACGAGUUGAAGGUAUUGCGAGCAGAUACUUUCCAAGGCAUUGAAAACUUGGAAUACCUUCAGGCUGACUAUAACCUAAUCAAAUAUAUAGAAAAGGGAGCGUUUAACAAACUGCACAAGCUGAAAGUGGUGAUCCUGAAUGAUAAUCUCAUUCAGGCACUUCCUGACAACAUAUUUCGCUUUGCCUCGCUAACACACUUGGAUAUAAGAGGGAACAGGAUCCAGAAGCUUCCCUAUUUGGGGGUUCUGGAACACAUUGGGCGCAUUGUAGAGCUGCAGCUGGAUGACAACCCCUGGAAUUGUACUUGUGACUUAGCACCUCUCAAGGCAUGGCUUGAAAACAUGCCCUAUAACAUUUUCAUUGGCGAGGCCAUAUGUGAAACUCCAAGCGACUUAUAUGGGAGGCUCUUGAAAGAAACCAACAAGCAGGAGCUUUGCCCCAUGGGAACUGGAAGUGACUUUGAUGUUAGAAUGCCUCCGGGUCCUCCUGAUAACGGGGAUGGGCCAUCCAAAAUGUACCCGACCACUGUGGCCCCCAUUGCCACAAGAGCGCCAAAAGCCACUGAUUCGUCUAAGAUUUAUGGAAACGGCAUUGUAGCCGGUUUGCCACCUUUCGGAAGAAACAGCCAGAUAGUUUCCUUUCAGACACGGACCCCGCCGCUUUUGUGUCCGCAGCCGUGCAGCUGUAAAGCCCACCCCUCUGAUUUUGGCAUUAGUGUAAGCUGUCAGGAGAGGAACAUCAAAAGUCUAGUUGAUCUCAUCCCCAAACCAGCAAAUGCCAAGAAACUUCACUUGAGUGGAAAUUACAUCAGUGAUAUCAAACCGACUGAUUUCCAGGGGUUCGAGGGCUUAGAUCUGCUUCAUCUGGGAAGCAAUCAAAUUUCAACUGUGCAGAAAGGUGUGUUUGCUAACCUUACAAAUCUAAGGAGACUAUAUUUGAACGGAAACCAGCUUGAACAAUUACACCCCGAGAUGUUUUUGGGCCUCGCAAACCUACAAUACCUGUAUUUGGAAUACAAUGCCAUUAAAGAAAUCUUGGCGGGCACUUUUGACUCCAUGCCAAACCUUCAACUCCUGUAUCUCAACAACAAUGUUCUUCGAAGCCUCCCCGCCUACAUUUUUGCUGGUGUCCCUUUGGCCAGGCUCAAUUUGAAAAACAACCACUUCAUGACCCUGCCAGUGAGCGGUGUCUUGGAUCAGCUGCGGUCGCUCACCCAGAUAGACCUAGAGGGGAAUCCAUGGGAAUGUUCCUGCGAUCUGGUCGCCCUCAAACUAUGGCUACAUAAGUUAGGCGAUGGGGUGGCCUCUAAGGAGGUGAAAUGCGCCUCCCCUGUGCAGUUCUCAAACAUUGAGCUGCGACAAAUAAAAAACGAGAUCCUCUGUCCUAAGCUUGCGAGGCCACUUUUUGUCGUGACAAGUGCCACCCCUAUUAUGACCUCAGUGUCACCUGCAGGAGUUGGCAAAGCACCUCCAGGAGGUCCUGUGCCUCUCUCAAUUAUGAUCCUCAGCAUCCUCGUAGUGCUUAUUCUUACUGUGUUCGUGGCAUUUUGCCUUCUGGUGUUCGUGCUGAGGCGGAAUAAAAAACCAGCGGGCAGGCAGGAGGGUCUGGGCAAUCAGGAAUGUGGCUCCAUGUCGUUGCAGCUUCGUCGCCACAGCCAUAAAUCGGGCAAAAAAGGCGCUAUUCCGGGAGAUGACCUAGGAGGAGAAACAUUCAUCCCCCAGACAAUUGAGCACAUUGGCAAAAGCCACACUUGUGGGAUCAGACACUCUUCGGACAUGGACGCCGGCUUCAAGUUUGCGGACUCCCAGAGACAGAAGAUCAUCCUCCGCAACUGCGCCGAUAAGGAUAAAGACUCGCUUUCCACCUUGGAGCGCAACAAGCGCCUCAGCACCAUUGACGAACUCGAGGAGUUUCUCCCCAACCGAGAGCCCAGCUUGUUCAUCCACAACUUCCUGGAUGGCAAAAGAGAUUUCAACAGUAUAGGGAUGGGCGGGUAUGAAAUCCGCUACCCCGAGAAAACGCUGGAUAAAAAGAUGAAGAAGUCGUCGCUCAUAGGCGGGAACCACAGUAAGAUCGUGGUGGAGCAGAGGAAAAGUGAGUAUUACGAGCUAAAAGCCAAGCUCCAAGGAAAGCCUGAUUACCUGCAGGUGCUCGAAGAGCAGACUGCCUUGAGUAAAAUGUAGGGAUUGUUGUGUUUGAUUAUCUGCAUUGAAUGCACACAGACACACACAUAAAGAAAUCAGAUAUAUUUAGGCAGAGACAGACAGCCAAACACAUCUGUCUUUCUCUCUUGUCCUUAGUCCUCUAGCUACACAUACAACCUUCAAUUUCCCAGAUCUUCAUCACUCUGUCUUCAGCUCUCUCACUCUCUCUGCAGCCACACACACACACACACA